AUGGACGAUACAGCCAAACAGCCAGAGGAGGACCCCGGCCCUUCUAGUCCUCGAGACCCCCCAGUGCUUGAAGUUGGAAGUUCGGAGCCAGAGCCAGGGUCGGAAUCAGGAUCAGAUCUAUACUCUGACGGAGAAUCAAUAAAAUCAACCCGCUCCUACUCAUACCAAACCCUCCCCCGCAUCGAAGAAAAUGGCCGCCGAUACUGCGACGAGUCCUAUUUCAUGCCAAACGACGAAACAGAACUCACCCGCCUCAACAUUGUCCACCAGAUUUACCUGAUCCUCCAAGAAGGCCGUCUAACCCUAGCCCCAUUCACAACCGACUCUCCCCGUAUCCUAGACAUCGGCACUGGCCCAGGAGACUGGGCUAUCGAAAUGAGCGCCGAAUACCCAAACGCGACAAUCAUCGCAUCAGAUCUCGGCGUCUUUGACUCAGGCAUUGCCCACGUCUCCCUCCCAAACGUCGACUUCCAACUCGCAGACGCCCAAUCCGAAUGGACAUACCAUGAACCCUUUGAUCUGAUUCAUAUCCGUGGUCUUUCUGGUGCAUUCAAUGAUUGGCACGCUAUAUACCAUCAGGCAAUGUCUCAUCUGAAACCGGGCGGAUUUAUCGAAGUAGCAGAUACAGAUCCAGGCGGUGAUACCAUAACCGUUGAAACGGGGGGAGAUGAUGAAACGCCUUAUCUACAGAUAUACGCAUCUGCCCUUCGUACAUCAGGACAUACAUCUGGAUGUCCGCGAGACCUACAACAUCUCGAAAGAGAAGCUUUUGAAACAGCAGGAUUCGUCGAUGUAAAUGUUAUCGAGCGGACAUUUCCGAUUGGUCUUUGGCCGGAGGAUAUUCAUGAGAAAACACUGGGUAAAAUGGCUCUCAUUGCGUUGUUGGAGGGGUUGGAAGCUCAUGCGUUGCGUCAGUUAACUCGCUUGGCGGGGUAUACUGUUUCCGGGGCGAGAGACCUUUGUGAGAAAGUGCAGGAGGAGGUUCUUGCUGCGAAGAAGAUAACGGCGAGGGUGCGCAUUGUUACGGCGCAGAAACCCAAUACUUAUGCGCAGCGGAGGGGACAGGUUAUGGCUAGGACAAUGGCUAAAGUUAGACUUUUGAAUGAGAUGUCUAUUGGGGAGGAAGAAGAAGAAGAUGAUGAGGACGAAUAUGAGGAGGAGGAAGAUGACGAAGAGGAAGGAUGA